GAUAUCCAAACACAAUCACCACAAAUUAGAAAACCUUCCCAGCUCAAAAGCCACGAAUCAAAUUCCCUCCUAAGCCCUCGCUAAUCCCCCACCAGAACCCAACUACAACAAAGAAGUUAUCACUUUUGAGCUUCUUCGAUUGCCUCCCUUCAUCUGUGAAUUUGUCUGCUGAAAAUCAUGCCUGACGUGCAUGCUCUCGUGAACGACUUUCUAAUCAAGCUCAAAAGACGUAAAAUUGAAGGCUCAAAGGCCACGGCGAAGGUAACCGCGGAAGUGCUGAGGUCAUUCAUUUCGCAGCAGAGGCUUCCCAAUACAAACCAGGCCGGAGCACUAAUUGACGCUGUUAAAGCUGUUGGAGAGCAGCUAAUAGCUGCUAAUCCUGUUGAGCUUGCUGUUGGUAAUGUUGUAAGGCGUGUUUUACAUAUCAUUAGAGAGGAGGAUCUCUCUCUCACUGCAGCUGCAAUUGGCGGGCUGAGUCUGUCUGCUGGAAGUGACGAUGAAGAUGAUGUUGGGCAUGAUGAACAUCCCGCUUUAUCAGCAGCAGCUGUUGCUGCUGCUGCCAGAAGCACUUUGAGGCCUCCCUCCUUGCAAACGCUUCUUGAGGAUGUACCACAUACAGCAGCUGUUCCUCAUACAUCUUCUUCAGGAGGCGAUUCUGAGGGAAAAAGCAAAUCUGCUGAUAAGAAUUCAAGCACAAAAAGGCUAAAGCAUAAUGUCAUUGAGGCAGUUAAUGAACUGAUUCAAGACAUAGUCACUUGCCAUGAACAGAUUGCCGAGCAAGCUGUGGAGCAUAUACAUCAAAAUGAGGUAAUAUUGACUUUGGGCAGUUCAAGGACGGUAGUGGAAUUUCUGUGCGCUGCAAAAGAGAAAAAGAGAUCAUUUCGUGUAUUUGUUGCAGAGGGUGCUCCGAGAUAUCAGGGACAUACCCUCGCAAAAGAGCUGGUUACAAGGGGGCUUCAAACCACAGUAAUUACUGAUUCUGCUGUCUUUGCAAUGAUUUCCCGUGUGAAUAUGGUUAUUGUUGGAGCUCAUGCUGUGAUGGCUAAUGGUGGGGUUAUAGCACCUGUUGGAUUGAAUAUGGUGGCUUUAGCAGCUCAAAGGCAUGCAGUCCCUUUCGUUGUACUUGCAGGAAUUCAUAAGCUGUGCCCUCUCUAUCCUCACAAUCCAGAGGUCUUACUGAAUGAAUUGAGGUCCCCAUCCGAGCUCUUGGACUUUGGGGAAUUUUCUGAUUGCCUAGAUUUUGGAAGUGGCUCUGGUUCUCCUAUCCUGCAUGUUGUGAAUCCUGCAUUUGAUUAUGUGCCUCCAAAUCUUGUUAGCCUAUUUAUUACUGAUACCGGGGGACAUAAUCCUUCAUAUAUGUACCGACUUAUUGCUGAUUAUUAUUCUGCUAAUGAUUUGGUUUUACAACGGAGAUCAGCUUCUUGAUAUUAUAUUGGCCACCUCUGUUUCUACACAUUAUUAGUUUCUUGGGUUUUAGGUAGUUCCAUCAUAUGAUGAAGUUGUGUUCAAUUAACGAGAAUACACAGCAGUAGGAUGCCACAAAAAUGAAUGAAACAAAAAAUGCAGGUAUGCAACAAGGAUAGGUGCGGAGUUCUAAUGAGUCCCGAGGGGCAAAUUUUCUGCGGACAGACAAAAUGAAGGUAAAAGAAUGCGUGUGACUUUGAUGAAAUGAUGCAUUCUUUUUGUGACAACCAUAAGGGGGUGCAGUUUUGACCGGUUUGGGAGUUGUAUGCGGUAUGCCAUUGGACUUCUAAGAAAUUUUUAUGUUGUAUUUUACUAGAAGUUUGUCUGCAAAAUUGAACUUUCUUCAAGGACAAUUGCUGUGAAAUUUUGGAAUUGCAUGCUUUUAUUUAAGCAAAGAAAAGAUCAUUUGGGGUGGUGCAGCAGACUUCAAAGAUUUAAAGCUACUUGUUAAAAGAAAUCUUUCAGUAACUGUUCGCAAUUUGGUUUAAUCUGUUGUGACGUUGCAUUGACUUCCUAUGAUUCCGACUGAUCGCCGAAUCAACAUCUGCAAAGGGGUUUGCAUCUCACUAGCAAAAGAUUGUUGCUGCUCUUUGGAAUAUGAGGCAAAAUGUUUAGCAGGGCAACGAUCAGAAGUAAUCCUGCUCUUUAGCGGUGCAACUACUUUAUUUCAAGUACUUUAUCUAGAAUCCAAACCAAUUCGAUUGGUUCCAGCCGUUUUUAUAUAUCUCUGGAUUUUCGCACUAUUGCUGCCAUGUCUCGAAUAUGUUAUGAGGAAUGGAUUCAGAGCAAAAAUAGGUCAAUUCAGAUGCAUGCUAAAGUGAGUUAACACUCUUGUUAAGCAAGGACGCUAUGUGAAUAAGAAAAUCUAAAUUGUAUCACACCUUACAUUUAAGCAUGUAUGGCUAGGAUAGAAGGAUGUAUAGUUUUUUGGUGGCAAUCUAUGUUUUCUUACCAGCCAA